AUGCCGGUAGAUGGGGCGCCAGCAGAUGGGAAUCAAGACACAGAGCUUCAAGAUAUGGCCCUGAGAGAAGAAACAGACUGCUUCGGCCCACAUGCACCGCUUCUCGCCCCAACAGACACCUCUCCCGGCUACGACAACGAGGCCGAUGAUGCGGUUUCCGCCUCCGAGCUCCAAUACUCGGGAGGGUGGUUUAUCUGGAGCUUAACUUUCUCCGCCGGUAUAAGCGGCCUGUUGUUUGGAUAUGACACCGGCGUCAUCUCUUCCACGCUCGUGACCAUCGGUUCCGAUCUCUCCAAUCGACCACUAACAACCCUCGACGAUAGCUUGAUCACAUCAUGUACCAGCUUAUUCGCUCUAAUAGCCAGCCCUUUCACGGGUAUUAUGGCUGAUAAAUGGGGUCGUCGACGUGUUAUUCUUGUCGCCGAUAUCUUGUUUGCACUUGGGGCAAUUGUGCAGGCUUCUACCAGCCAGGUCUGGGGGAUGAUUGCGGGCCGGAGUAUCGUCGGUCUUGCUGUUGGCAGUGCAAGCGCAGUAACUCCACUGUAUAUAUCGGAGGUGGCACCUUCGCAUAUUAGAGGACGAUUGGUCACUAUAUUGAGUCUCUUGAUUACUGGUGGGCAAGUCGUUGCAUACGUUGUCGGAUGGUUGUUUUCCGAAACUGCUGGAGGCUGGCGCUGGAUCGUCGGUCUUGGAGCGGCACCCGCCUUUCUGCAAUUUGCGGUCCUCGUACUAUUACCGGAAACUCCUCGCUGGCUCGUGCAGGCUGGUCUUGACAACCGAGCCGUAGCUGUUCUCACGCGGAUCUAUCAAGACUGCCAAGGCCGUGACCGGGUCGUUCGCCGGGUCAUGCGUGACAUCAAAGGCGAGAUUGCAGAAGAGGCAAUGGAGAUGGGACAAAGUAAAGAUCCGGGCAAUACGCCACAAUGGCUCCACGAUGCGUCACAACGGGCCCGGGACCUCUUCCACAAUGGCGGGAAUCGCCGUGCUCUGACGAUUGCCAUGAUGCUUCAGGCACUCCAACAGCUCUGUGGGUUCAACAGCCUCAUGUAUUUUUCUGGUAUUAUUUUCACGGCCCUUUCCUUUUCGUCGCCGACCUUGACUUCGCUGACCGUGGCCGGGACGAAUUUCCUUUUCACGUUGGUGGCAUUUGGACUGAUUGAUAAGAUUGGACGACGACGCAUUCUCCUCUAUUCCAUACCGGUGAUGAUCAUUGCAUUGGGGUUGUGUGCUCUUGCAUUUUCGUCACUGGAUGUGUCUUGGGAUUCCCAACCGCCACCUCAGCGUGAAGACACGCCGGACAGCCCAGGAGGACUUUAUCCCCUCGUCAUCUUGCUCUGUUUGACCAUCUACACCGCAGCGUAUGCAUUCGGACUCGGAAAUGUGCCUUGGCAACAAUCGGAGCUGUUUCCUUUGAAUGUACGGUCCCUCGGAUCGGGAUUGGCGACUGCGACGAAUUGGGGAUCCAACUUUGUUGUGGGACUCACAUUUCUCCCUAUGAUGAAGUGGAUGUCUCCCACUUGGACAUUUGCUCUCUAUGCGCUUGUCUGUGCGGUGGGAUGGGUUGCAGUUUGGUGUAUCUAUCCGGAAAUGAGUGGACUCGGUCUCGAAGAUGUCAAGGGUCUUUUGGCUGAUGGUUGGGGUGUGGAGGAAAGUUUGCGUCGCAGGGCCGAUGCUCAGCAAGAAUAG